AUGUCUACAAAGAUCUCUCAAGUCAAAGAUACCAUUAAGCAAUAUAAUAAUAACAUAAAUAAGAAAAAUGAAAGGAAUGAUGAGGACGAAAUGAUUUGGGUCUUAACAAUACAUUUUUCCGGGUACAAAGAGUCUGAAUAUUUUAUCGAUAAUCGUAGUUUUAAGACUAGAAAGCUCGCUGAAGGUGCUAUGAGAAGGGAAGCUAAACGUUUAUAUAAAGGUUCCGAUAUCAUUCAAAAGACUUAUGAUAAAUACUUUAAUGAAAGUGAUAAAGAAAUUCAUUUUGGUGAAAGUCCCAUAGAAAGUAAUUAUAGAAGAGAAUUUGGUUUCGUUCAAAUUAAACCUGUUAAAUUGGAAAAUACAGAAAGUGGUGAUAAAGUACCAUCUUCUUCUAGUGAGGAUGAUUCGAAUGAUGAUUAUUAUUGA